ACGGACGAUAUUUUGGUUUGUUUUUAACAACGUACACGUCGUCCGACAUUUAGCAGAGCGAGAAAAAUAAUUUAAAAAAAAAGCGCACCGCAGUAGAUAAUUCCCACCAGCAGGGGGCAGCAUCGCAAACAAAGCAAGGUUGCUUUCAGCGGAAGUACAGGGUGUUAGGAAUCGGAAAAAAAACAACCUAUUCUUUAAAUAUUUGUAUGUUUUUAUUUCACAACAUGGCACUGGUUCCUUAUGUAGAGAACGCGGUACCUGCGCUUGCCAAACUUCAGAAUUCAUCCGCGUGUUUUCAUUUUGCCAACCGUGACAUUUGCCUGGCCCAGGACUGGAGGAAGCUUGGAGUUGCAGCGGUUGUAUGGGACGCGGCAGUUGUAAUGUGUGUGUACUUAGAGCUGAGCCAGGUGGAGCUCCGGGGGAAGGUGGCCAUUGAGCUGGGAGCUGGAACCGGACUGGUGGGCAUCGUUGCAGCCUUGCUGGGUGCCAAGGUGACAAUCACAGACAGGAAGCCCGCCCUGGACUUCCUGUCUGCCAACGUGAAAAGCAACCUUCCCCCUGACCUCCAAGAGUCGGCGGUGGUCUCCGAGCUGUCUUGGGGGGACGACCUCGACCGCUACCCAGCAGAGGGAUACGACCUGGUGCUCGGAGCCGACAUAGUUUACCUGGAGGACACGUUUGUGCCACUGAUGGAGACACUGCAGCACCUGUGUGCGGACACCACCGUCGUGUUGCUGGCGUGCAAGAUCCGCUACGAGCGAGAUACCAACUUCUUGGGCAUGCUGAGGCAACGCUUCACUGUCACGGAGGUCUACUACGACAAAGAAAGGGAUAUUUAUAUAUAUAAAGCCAGGAAACAACCAUCCAGGAGCGGUUUGUGAUUCCCUGGCU